AUAACUAUGAAGGUCUUGGCUAUAUAUGUCAGUUGGGAAGUCUGGAAGACAGUUCUAAACUUCUUGAGGUUGUCAUGUGCGACUUGUGCGUGUCAGUACUACUCCUACUUGGAGUGGUGUCUGGGCUUUGUAGCAGUGAUCAGUCAUGUCCAGAAGUGAAAGUUUUAGGUAUUGGGGACUCUGACAAAUUGUCAAUUCUUCGAGGCUGCCCUGGUCAUCCUGGUCUUCCCGGUCAAAAAGGAGAUGUUGGGGCACCAGGAGAAAAAGGACAAUUAGGAUCUGUGGGGGGCACAGGAAAGGAUGGACCUCCAGGUGAAAAAGGAGAAAAAGGAGAAAAAGGUGCGACUGAGCCAGUCUAUGCUGCCAGGAACUGCAAAGAAAUACGACAUCAGGGGGCAGCCCUCAGCGACUGGUACACCAUAUACCCAGAUGGCAGCCGGCCCCUGAAGGUCCUGUGUGAUAUGGACACAGAUGAAGGAGGAUGGAUUGUCAUACAGAGACGUUGGGAUGGGUCAGUAGACUUCUUCCGCACUUGGGAUGCCUAUAGGAAAGGCUUUGGCAGUCAACUAAAUGAAUUUUGGCUGGGGAAUGACUAUAUUCAUCAAAUUACUUCAAUAGGAACAUGGGAAUUACGUGUUGAUCUACAAGAUUUUGAAGGUAAAAUGGUGUUCGCCAAGUAUGCAAGCUUCAAAGUAUUGGAUGAAUCAGAGAAAUACAAAUUAUUAAUUGGAGCCUAUCAGGAAGGAACUGCAGGAGAUUCUAUGGGAGGUCUAAACAACAUGAAGUUUAGUACUAAAGAUGAAGACAACGACAUUCUUGAGGGCCAUUGUUCCCUACUGUAUAAAGGUGGCUGGUGGUAUAACAAUUGUCACCAAGCAAACCUUAAUGGACUCUACCACCUAGGAGAGCACACAUCUUUUGCGGAUGGCAUCAACUGGUUUUCUGCCAGAGGGUAUAACUACUCGUACAAGCAUGCAGAAAUGAAGAUUAGACCUGUUUAGAGAAAGAUGGAGCAAUAAUUGUCUUAAA